CCUGCUCCUGCUCCUUUGCACCCCUCAGCCCCUACACUCCGCUCUUCCCCUGCGCUGAUUGUCACACAUUGUUUACUACGGCUUGAAAUGUGACUCACAACACAGGCUAUCUGCUGGAGUACCACUCUGACAACUGAGGGAUUCUUUUGACGCGCACCUUGCGUGUUUGGUUAUUUGGGGACCGGCUGUGGACACUACCCUUUUUCUGCCAUGACGGCGGAAUUGUUUGCGCUUUUAUGCGUGCUGGUCAUCACAUCUUCUGCAAUGGAAGAGACUGUGAUGGACACUCGGGUGGCCACAGCUGAACUCGGCUGGACAGCGUAUCCUAAUUCCGGGUGGGAGGAGGUGAGUGGCUAUGAUGAGAACCUAAACACCAUCAGGACCUACCAGGUGUGUAAUGUCUUCGAGCCCAGUCAAAACAACUGGCUCCUCACCACCUUCAUUGAUCGGCGCGGAGCACAGCGCAUCUAUGUGGAGAUUCGAUUCACAGUACGUGACUGCAGCUCCAUCCCCAACGUCCCCGGGUCCUGCAAGGAGACUUUCAAUCUCUACUACUAUGAGACUGAUGCUGUCAUUGCCACCAAAGGUACAGCCUUCUGGAUGGAGGCCCCGUACCUCAAAGUGGACACUAUAGCUGCGGAUGAAAGCUUUUCGCAGGUGGACUUUGGCGGACGUCUUAUGAAGGUUAACACAGAAGUGCGGAGCUUCGGUCCUCUGUCUAAAAAUGGCUUUUACUUGGCCUUCCAGGACUAUGGUGCCUGUAUGUCGCUGCUGUCAGUCAGGGUCUUUUAUAAAAAAUGUCCAAGUGUUGUCCAGAACUUUGCCAUUUUUCCAGAGACUAUGACGGGGGCUGAAAGCACCUCCCUGGUCAUCGCCAGGGGAAUCUGCAUUCCCAACUCAGAGGAAGUAGACGUCCCUAUAAAGCUCUACUGCAACGGAGAUGGAGAGUGGAUGGUUCCUAUUGGUAGCUGCACAUGCAAAGCUGGGUUUGAACCUGAUAAUGGCAACGUAUGCAGAGCAUGUCCACCAGGCACCUUCAAGUCCACCCAGGGUCCAGGUCUGUGUCUGCAGUGCCCUCCCAACAGCCGUUCCACAGCUGAGGCUGCCACCAUCUGCGUAUGCCGCAAUGGAUAUUACCGCGGGGAUGCCGAUCAGCCUGACGAACCCUGCACCAGUGUCCCGUCCAGCCCAAGGAAUGUGAUCUCCAUCGUGAAUGAAACCUCUGUGAUCCUGGAGUGGCACUCGCCCAGAGAAACUGGAGGCCGUGAUGAUGUCGUUUACAACAUUGUGUGCAAGAAGUGCCGUGCUGACCGCCGCUCUUGCUCCCACUGCGACGACAACGUGGAUUUUGUCCCUCGGCAGCUGGGUUUGACUGAGACCAGAGUGUUCAUUAGUAACCUGUGGGCUCACACGCUGUACAGCUUUGAGAUACAGGCUGUCAAUGGAGUGAGCAAUAAGAGCCCAUACCCUGCUCAGCAUGUCUCUAUAGACAUCACCACCAACCAGGCUGCUCCCUCAAUAGUUCCCAUCAUGCACCAGAUCAGCUCCACGAUGAAUAGCUUCACACUGUCAUGGCCCCAACCUGAGCAGCCCAAUGGUAUCAUACUGGACUAUGAGCUGCGCUACUAUGAGAAGGAUCAUGCAGAGAUUAACUCCACCAUCCUGCGAAGCCAAACUAACACCGCACACGUAGAGGGCCUCCGGCCAGGUACAGUCUACGUGGUACAGGUGCGGGCACGGACUGUGGCUGGUUUUGGCAAAUAUAGCAGCAAGAUGUGCUUCCAAACCCUCACAGAUGAUGACUUCAAGUCCGAGCUGAGGGAACAGCUUCCUCUUAUUGCGGGUUCAGCGGCAGCCGGAGUGGUCUUCAUUGUUUCCCUCGUUGCUAUUUCCAUUGUGUGCAGCAGGAAAAGGGCGUACACCAAGGAGGCAGUAUACAGUGACAAGUUGCAGCAUUACAGCACAGGAAGAGAACUCUCUUUGCGAGCCGACAUGUCUAACUGCCCCUCCCCACUGGGCUGCCCGACCCACUUCUCAGGCUCUCCUGGGAUGAAGAUCUACAUCGACCCCUUUACCUAUGAGGACCCCAACGAGGCUGUCCGUGAAUUCGCCAAGGAGAUUGACGUCUCCACGGUCAAGAUUGAGGAGGUCAUCGGUGCAGGUGAAUUUGGAGAGGUGUACAAGGGCCGAUUGAAGCUGCCUGGGAAGAGAGAGAUCUAUGUUGCCAUCAAGACCUUAAAGGCAGGCUACGUGGAGAAGCAAAGGCGGGAUUUCCUGUCUGAGGCGUCAAUUAUGGGCCAGUUUGACCACCCAAACAUCAUCCGUCUGGAGGGUGUUGUCACAAAGAGCCGCCCGGUCAUGAUUGUCACGGAGUUUAUGGAGAACGGUGCUCUGGACUCAUUCCUCAGGCAAAACGACGGCCAGUUCACUGUGAUCCAGUUAGUAGGAAUGAUGCGUGGAAUUUCAGCGGGGAUGAAAUACCUUUCAGAAAUGAACUAUGUUCAUCGUGACCUGGCUGCACGGAACAUUCUGGUCAACAGCAACCUGGUGUGUAAAGUGUCCGACUUUGGCCUCUCCCGCUACUUACAAGACGACACCUCAGAUCCAAGUUAUACCAGCUCUCUGGGCGGUAAGAUCCCAGUGAGGUGGACAGCACCGGAGGCCAUCGCUUAUCGAAAGUUCACCUCAGCCAGUGACGUGUGGAGCUACGGCAUCGUCAUGUGGGAGGUGAUGUCAUUCGGAGAGAGGCCUUACUGGGACAUGUCCAACCAGGAUGUGAUUAAUGCCAUUGAACAGGACUACCGUCUACCCCCGCCCAUGGACUGCCCCAGUGCGCUCCACCAGUUGAUGCUGGACUGUUGGCAGAAGGAUCGCAACGUACGACCGCGCUUCACCGACAUUGUCAGCACCCUGGACAAGAUGAUCCGAAACCCCACCAGCCUCAAAGCUAUAGCUAACAUCCCUGCAGUGCCUUCACAGCCACUGUUGGACAGAUCCAUACCUGAUUUUAACACAUUCAGCUCGGUAGAGGACUGGCUCGGAGCCAUCAAGAUGAGCCAGUACAGAGAUAACUUCCUCAACUCAGGCUUUACCUCCCUACAGCUGGUGGCUCAAAUGACCUCAGAGGACUUGCUGAGAAUAGGAGUCACCCUAGCAGGCCACCAGAAGAAGAUCCUCAGUAAUGUCCAGUCCAUGAGGGUGCAGAUGAGCCAGUCGCCCACUACGAUGGCAUGACUACAAGAGGCGCUGUGCCACGGAACGGGCAGCAUUCGUAGGACCAACAACAAUGGCAGCCCUCGAAUGACCCCCGAUCCAUCGGAACGCGCCAGAGUCGAGACAAUUGUCUUAAUCUAAUUCACUACCAUGACAACAGGAGACCAGGGUCUACACUACCACAACAGCUAUCACACUUCAUGCAAUCCAGGCCAGAAGUUCAGGGUGCAGACUUAAUACUGUUUCUUCAUUUAUCAGCAAAAGGAAAAAGAGACAUAAGUUGCUGUGGUUAGUGAAUGCCAUUGAUGCCAUCACAAACCAGUUAACUCCAACAAUCAGACAUCGACACAGGGAAUAUCUCACAAUUUCAGACUGUGUGGUAAAAAGAUUGAUAUUGUACCUCUAUAUUAUCUGGACUAGAUGAUGUUAAAAUUGUAAACAGAUGUGUGAGACAUUUAGAAACACCUCGUGACCUGUGAUUUUGCCCAUACCGUUGUCAAUGUGUGCAAUGAAGAUGCCUUGACCUUGGCCAGAUAAAGUCCUAGAAUAAAAAGCAAUCACCAGUACGAAUACGCAGAGAAAGAGGAAUACAGGGAUGUACAGUGGAGCACCAUUUUCAAUUUUCACAUCAUGAUAGUUUGCUUGUUUUUAAAUUUGAAAAAAUGUAUUAUUAACUGAUGGUGAAAAUUCAGAGCUUAGUUAUAUUUUGUCUUUUUUCCAUCCGAUUGUUUGUUUGUAUUUAUCACUAUAGCAAGAUUCCGCCCACUUGUAUUUUAACUUAAACACUACCUGUGGAGUCCUGGGUGAAAGGCCUUGCCAAAGGACUUCUUAACCAGCCCCACCCAGAUUCAGAGAAUAUAAAUAUGUUUAUCUCUUGCUAAAUAUGAUUAUAUCUUUCAUAAUAAACCUUCAUAUUGAAGGUGAUAUGUAUGAAUAUGUAUGUACAGAACUCUCUGCUUGCAUUUUUGGCAAAGACUUGUUUGUUGACUAGAUUGUGUUAGACACAUGCAAUGUGUAGAUUCCCACUGUGCCCUGGCUUCUUUUGGAUGAUUGGACAAUGGACACAGGGUUGUCUCCUUCUACCAGGGGCACAAGGACACUCCUGAUUGACUCUUCACCUGAGAAACAUGUAAAAGGAUUUGGUAUUGUAGAUCUAUAUGAAAAUUGCCGUAGGAGUAAUAAUAAUUGACAAAAUAUCCAUCUAUUGAGAUCAUGUUAAAUGUGGGUGUACACAUGCUGUCUCUUGCUGGUGAGCACUUGCUUGUACAGAUUUGUUUUAUGUUUUGUUUUCUUCAUCUGUUGUUGUUUGUGUUUGGAGUGCUCAGCGCCAACCAGAGGGGAUGGAAAUGUCACACCAUGGCCUGGCCCAAAUCCACGACGCUGAACCUGUUUUAUAUACAGGGCUAUGCGGUGGACCCGAAGAUUUACACACUUAUAAAACAGCAUACACAUUACACUCCAUGCUCACACAUUCACAAUUACACACACAGUUAACACAGAAGAAUUAUUAUGGGAAGACCAGGUGAAAUGUGACCUUUCCGGGAUACUUGUCACGACCUCCCUCUGUGGUACAAAGUGGAUCGGGAAGUUGACUACGAGUGUGCACGUGUCAUUGUUUAUUUGUGUGUGUGUGUGUGUGUGUGUGUGUGAGUGAGCGAAUGCAUGUGAAUAGCAGGCACAUUUUGUGUGUACAGACAUUUACGUGUGCACAGGUACAUCGUUUAGGAGUGUGAACGGUUUCCUUUUGUUUUGUUUCUGUAUAGCUACCACUUGUAAAUUGUGACGAGUACGUGUCAAGAGUUUGUAAGCUGUAACUUUCUGAGAACUAUUGUACUAAAAUGCACUCAAUAAACGCCUUGGAAAACAAGUCAA